UGGCAGGCGGAGUGGUGUGUGUGUGUGUGUGUGUGAAGCAAGAUAUCGCUGAAAUAACGAGCAGGAAGAGGAGAUAGAACAGCGCUUUCUCUGACACACUUUUUGGACCUCUCACUGUUUUCGAGUUCCUGUUCUGUCCGUAAGCGAAAGUCCCUCUCAUGGGCAAAGUGAAGGGCAAGUCUGGGACCUUGGCUCGGAGGCCAGACAACUCGGCUUUCAAGCAGCAGAGGCUACCUGCCUGGUCUCCAAUGCUCACGGCUAACACUGUGCUGCCUUUCUUCUACCUAAUGUCUUUGAUAUGCAUGCUACUGGGAGUAUGGCUGCUUCUUACAGUGCAGAGCACACAGGAAAUAAAGCUGGACUAUACUGAGGCCGGGACGUGUAAUAUAUGUUUUGAGAAGCGUAAAAAUGUGAGCAAUGCAGCACAGCCCUGCAGCUGCACGGUGGUGUUCAAUAUUGACAAAGCAUUCAAGGGAGACGUCUUUUUCUACUAUGGCCUCCGAAACUUCCAUCAGAACCUCCGCAGAUACAUGGACUCCAGAGAUGAUGGACAGAUGGUUGGCAGGAAGAAAAACUUAAAGAACCCAAGUACAUACUGCGAACCCUUUAUUAAAGACCAAAAUGGACUCCCCAUCGCCCCCUGUGGUGCUGUGGCCAACAGCAUCUUCAAUGACUCCUUCACUUUCACGUAUGGUGGUCCCACUGGUCCUCGAGUCCAGGUCCCUCUGUUACGAAAGGGCAUCACCUGGUACACGGACAAAAAUGUGAAGUACCGCAACCCAAAGAAUGAAAACAUGACCCUGGCUCAGGUGUUUGAAGGCACAGCAAAGCCCCUGUACUGGCAGAAGCCUGUGUAUGAACUCGAUCCCCUCGACCCGACCAACAACGGCUUCAUCAAUGACGACCUGAUCGUAUGGAUGAGAGAGGCAGCCUUCCCCAACUUCAAGAAGCUCUAUGGGGUUUUAUACCGAGCCCAGAAACCCUUUAGUAAGGGUCUGCCUGUUGGGAACUACAGCAUCGACAUAUCCUACAACUUCCCAGCGCAGUACUUCCGAGGCAGAAAGGAAGUGGUGCUGACCACGCUGACCUGGUUCGGAGGUCAGAACCAUUUCCUGCCCGUUGCCUACCUCGUAACCAGCUGCCUGAUCCUCCUGAUAGCCAUCGUCCUCACUGUGGCGUGGUACAAGUUUGGGAAGAACGGGAGGAACAUGGAGGAAUGAUGGGGUAAGAUGUGCUCCAGGAUUAUGAGGAGCGAAGAAUUCACCAGCAGCUGAAAAAAGUGAUAAUCGUCGUGCUGAUUAGAAGACAACAAAUCUGAAACGACAAGAAGGUUGAUGCGAGUGGAUGAAAGGUUAAGGAUAAUGGUUUUAAAAAAGUUAAUUUGGUUCAAAACCACAGCAACAUGUGCUGGAAACAAUUGAAGACAAAAAAAAGUCUGACAUCUGGAAAAUAACUUUCCCUAUCAGCUAAAUGAGCCACAUGUGUUAAAGCUUUUAUUGUGAUGAUGUUGCUCUGAAUAACCCACUGAAAUAAAGGCGUCAGUGGAGGCUUCAGGCUUUCUUCACAUGCUGAUUUUACUUAAUUAAGUUUUUAAAUACACACCAUUUUGUCCAUGCACUGUUAAUAUUUAUUAAUAUAAUCAGAAUAUAUUUAUUAUAAUUACUAUUUUGGCAACUACUGAACUCCAGUCACUGUUGUGUUUUAAGCUUUAUCUCAUGUCUACAUGAAACUACACUGUGAUAAGUGAAACAGAAUACAGACAAACAUCAGAGAAACCUUGUAAUGCUUUUAAAAUUGAGUAAGAAUUUUGUGGAUAUGGUUUUUGAUUACAAUGCAGCCAGUAUGUUUAAGUGUGUUUUUAUAUGAUGCUUAAAAUUCUAUUUUACAUUAUAACAAGGCGAAGAGUCUGCAGCCAUGCUAGCACUGAGGCUCAGCUGUGUUUUAAACUAAAUGCUAAUGUCUGUAUGACAACAUGUUCACAGUGACAAUGCUAACAUGAUGAUGUUUACAACAUAUAAUACCAUGUUUACUGUCAUAUUUUAGCAUGUUAGCAUACUAACAUUUGCUGAUAAGCACUUCAAGGGAAAUUGGUGUUUUUCAACCUGGACUCUAUUUUCCCAUGUUUUUGUGUCUAAUGCCCUGUUUCCAACAAACACUUUUGGUAUAGUACCUUUGGAACCAACAGUAACCCUUCAGACAUGGUACCUAGACCCUAGCGUUUCCACUGCAAACACUCUUAAAUGUGGGCGGGGUUGUUGUCACUCACUGCUCCGUCCAGCACUCACUGUAUUUCCUCCUCUAUCAGCCUGCACCUUGUUUAUUGUGCACAGAAUGAGGCUGCACGCCGACAUUUUAAUGAACAGGCUGCAGUGAGAGUCUCUCUCCAUGGGAUAUUUAAAAAUAGCAGGUUUGUGCAUUUAGUCCUUCUCAGGCAAGCUCAGGGGUUUAGUGUUGGUGUAGCCCACAGGAACGAUGCGUUUCUUUCUCUCAGUGAGGACUGGGAUACAUGCAGCUUACAUAGUCCAGACAAAAUUAAUAUAUAUUUUUAAACACCUGAAGAUCCACUUAUUACUAAAAGUGUAUGUCAUACAAUGCAAUCUCUUUGGGUGAUCAUGCACCGUCAAUUUACGUCCAUUAAAAGUGCUUGUUUUUGUCACCAGCCGGCUCAUAUUGUAUUAUUGACCAAUUCUCAAUCAAGGAUAAGUCUUGUUCUAAAAUCUUACGGGCUUUUUUACAUUGUAGAAAUCAGCUAAAUAUUCAGCCAUUACAUUGAAAAUCUUUUAAAUGUCGCUAAACUACGCUUUUUGUACUCCAACAACCUCUUCGUCCAACUCUCACUAACGUUUCCACCGUUGUUUUUCCUUCAAGUCACUUCAUGAGAUUUUAGAAUGAGACUUCUCCUUGAGCGAGACUUGGUCACAUUAACAAACAGGCCAGCGAAAGGUAAAGAAACAUUUAAUUUCUCCAUCUCUCUGUAGGAUCUGUUCUGUAAUAUUGGCAUACAUUUCUAAUAAUAAUGUGAGCCUGUCGAUGGCAAAAAACAAGCACUUUUAAUGGACGUAAAUCAAUAAUGCACAAUUGCCAGUAGCUAUUACACUGUAGCCUGUUUCACUGCUGCAGCUGCAGCGCUCUGUCAAUACUGGACCAAUUUUAAAUGUUGUCGUCUCCAUCAUUUACUGAGACACCAAAAUAUAGGAAGAUAGGAUCCAGGUUAUAAAAUACCGAAGUUUACUUUUGAGUACAGCAGAGGCUGAUGGGAAUGUCACUGGUUUGCAGGAUGGGGCUGGAUUAAAGUCAUGGUAUCCCUAAAAUUAUUACAUUCAUCCAGAGGGGGACAUGAAUGUCUGUCAUUAUUAAAGAACCAUUAAUUUUAGUACAAAUUUUGUGGUAAUCUAUUCACUUGUUUAGAUAUUAAGGUCUGUAAAUACCAGCUACACGUGUAGAAAUGUACUGUGAACUAAAAGACAACCAUUUGUACUGUCUCUGUCACGUCCUAUAAAAUUCUGUAAAAGACUGAAGAUUGUAAUAAAACAGUUUCUUUGCAAAA